AACGGCAGGAGGCUUGAUGCAUUGAAUAAUCAACUGCUCUGCUCUGGUAUACCGACUGGGUAGACAACAAGUCAAGGUUUCGUAGACGAGGCUCGCCUGAACGUUAGAACAUGCUAAGACCAGACCGGCGACGAUUGCAAAAAGUAGAAACCAAACCACGCACCACCUUUAUCUUACAAUCCUAUCAUCUAUUCUCCUCCAGGUUCAUCUCCCGCCAGAAUCCCACCACGGCCUUUCAACAUGACCGCUUUCGGAAGCGAAACCACGGCGGAGGAGGUUGUCUCGGCCUUCUCGUCCAACGUCAAGGGCCGCACGUUCCUCAUCACUGGUGCCAGCGCCAACGGUCUGGGUGCCUACAUGGCCACUUCUCUGGCGCGCGCCUCGCCCCAGGCACUCAUCCUCAUUGCCCGUUCGGAAGUCAAGGUGGCGCCGGUCAUUGAGGAAAUCGCAUCCAUCGACCCCGCCAUCCGCGCCAUCUUUGUCCCCGUGGACCUUACCGACCAGGAGAGCGUCCGAGCUGCGGCGGCCACGAUUCUUGACGACCGCGACAUGACCAAGAUUGACGUGGUCAUCAACUGCGCUGGCAUCAUGUACGUCGAGGAAUUCACGACCGACGCCAAGGGAAAUGAGCUCCAGUUCAGCGCCAACCACGUCGGACACUUUCUGCUCACGAAUUUGCUGAUGCCCAAAAUCCUUGCCGCCGGGGAGGGUGCUCGCAUCGUAAACAUUACGAGCCACGGACACCAGCUUUCCGACGUCUGGUGGAGCGACCCGACCUUUAACAAGGGCAAGGACUACCACGGCUGGAGCGGGUACGGACAGUCCAAGACUGCAAACAUCCUGUUCAGCGUCGAGUUGGCCCGUAGACUGAAGGAUCGCGGUGUCGUGUCGCUGGCUGUUCACCCUGGGACCAUUGCAGGCACCGGCCUCUUCCAACAUGUCCCAAUGGAAAGGCUCGACGAGGGUGAUAUGAUUUCCCGGAAAAACACGGGGCUUCCGUUCGGGCUCGACCUGCCAUGGAAGACCUCGUCCCAGGGUUCCUCGUCUGGGCUGGCGGCCGCGCUGGACCCCGAGCUCGCGGCCCACAGCGGCUCGUACAUCCAGAACUGCCAAGUCGGAACGCCGCGGCAGUAUGCACUUGACGGCGAGAAGGCGAAGAAGCUGUGGAUUAUGACCGAGGAGCUGGUGGGACAGAAGUUUGACUUGUAAUGUUGCGAUUAAUGCCUCUGGGCGUCUGAAGUUAUGCUAGCCUCCUGUAAACUGGCUCAAAUGCCUCAGGAAGUCAAGGGGACGGGAAUUGUCCGUCCUCAUAGGUCGCAUCAUCUGCUGAGUACAGAUCCGUUGAAUUAGUUGUUUUGUAGUUUUUGCCAGGUUUUAUGCACAUAUAUAUUAGCUGG